UUUGCUUCAAAAAUGAAACUGAAAAACCCAUUUCGACUCUUAUCUUUGAGUGAGAUAAGAUGGGUGCUGGGAGGCUGUAGUGUGAGAGAAAUGUCCAACCUGUCGAGCGCGAAGCACGCGCCAACAGAGCCCGCGCAACUAGAGACCAAAAGGUCUCGUCGUCGCGCUGGUGGUAGGGCAGCGGCGCUCCGGCGGGCGCCUUCCGAUUCAGACUGCUCGGGCGAGACCGCCUCGUUGUCCGCGGACAGUGCGGAGCGCGCGCCCCGGGCUCCGCCCCAGCCCACGCGUCAGACUAAAACUAGAGGAAGUCGUAGACGCGGUAGCGAGUGGGAGGUACUAGAAGGUCUCAAAGACGGACAGCGGUUUGAAAAGCGGCCCGAAGUCUUCAACGGCUAUCUUCACAAGAAGAGGAAAUGGCCACUGAAAGGAUGGCACAAGCGUUUCUUCGUAGUAGACGGUGGUAUUUUAGUAUACGCGCGGUCGCCGUCAGAUGUGGCGCGCGGCAGGUUGCACGGCUCAGUAGAUGUUGGUCUGUCUGUCAUAUCGGCGAAGGCACGACGACGUCGUAUUGAUAUUGACGCUGAUGAGUUCAUUUACCACCUCAGAGCUAAAACUCCUGACGUCUUCAGGACCUGGUUGAACGUUCUUAAGGCACAUAGGUUGUAUCGUCAACAUUUAUUGACUUUUGGUGCUAGAGAAUCUGUUCCUAAAAUCCAUGCGCCUUUAGAAGACCUGCCUACUGAGACUUCGUCACGGCUGGUUAGCCCGACGGGUGCGCCACUGCGCGGCCCGCAAGCCGGCUUUGUAUCCGGCACCCCUGGCGGACGAUUGGCUACUUGGAUUAUAGAUUCCGGUGGUCCAUUAGAGAAUGCAUCUCGAGAGCUAGGUCAAGCACAGCUGUCCGUACAACAGCUGCAGAGACUUCUGGAUGCGCUUGAAAUGCAGCAGCAGGUGCAUCAUGAUACAGAUGUAUCACUUGAAGGUGCUUCUCCUAACGUUAAAAAGGACCGACGUAAGUUCGGUUUAAGAAAAAAGAAAUCAAACAGUAAAUGUGCUUCCGUAGAACUACAGCCUCCACACAUUGAUCCAUCUAACUCUCAUAUGGCUCUGUCAGCGUUGACAGCGCCCCCUUCCCCAGGUGGUGGAGCCUCCUCCGUCCCCAACUCGGCUGCCUCUUUGCCUAUCGCGUUUCUUUCGACAUUUCUGGCCACCACUUUAGUUCCAUGUGCGGCAACACGUCCGCAGUCGUUGCCGGGCGCGGAGGCACUGGGCACCACUGGAGGUGCUUCCCUCGCCAGCCUUACUCCUGAUCACCAGAUCAGAGAAGAUUUCACAGUUCUCGCGAAAGACCUGGUUGCCAGCUUGAAGGGGAUAGUCGCUACUUUGGUUUGCGAGAGAGGCAGACUGCGGGCGGUGGCGGAGGCGGGCGAGAGCGCAGGCGGGGCGAGUCUAGCCGCACUAAGAUCAAAUCUAUCCACAGCUCUUCACCAGAACUCCGUUUACAACACAGAGCUGCGCUCGCGUCUCUCCCGGAUACAUGAUGCAUCAGACCUCGCAGAGAUAUCCUCUAUGGGACAUAACUCGGAACAGACUCGUCAGUUCCAGCAGUCACUAAGCUACAGUUCCUCCUGUGUAUCAGCCUCGGAGUUCUUCGAUGCUGAAGAGCAUGAGGACUUGAAGCCGGAGAUCAUUGACGCUGACGAGGCGGGUGUGAUAGAGUUGGAUGGCGACUCUUCGUCUGAGGCUGGCUCUCUCAGCAGCGAGGAGGGCUCUGCCAGCUCCGAUAACUCUGAGGCCGCCAGUCAGUUGGUGACAGCGGAACCAGUCUCCCUCCUGACUACAAACGGCAGCGUGUCAGUGCGGGGGGUGACGGUGGGUGCGGGAGGUGCGGAGGGUGGGUGGUCGCGACGUACCCGGCUGCCCAGCCCGCGUCCCACACCCGGUGGACCCAGCCUCUGGAAUCUGCUCUACAAGAACAUAGGCAAAGAUCUCAGCCAGAUCUCAAUGCCUGUUACUAUCAAUGAACCUCUCAAUAUGCUACAGAGGCUGUGCGAAGAGCUAGAAUAUUCAGAAUUACUAGAUCUAGCAGCUAACAGUGAUAGUGGUGUGGAGCGCAUGUCUCUGGUGGCGGCGUUCGCAGUGAGCGCGUACGCAGCCACCGCACACCGCGCCGCCUCUAAACCAUUCAACCCACUGCUGGCAGAGACAUACGAGUGUGUCAGAGAGGACAAGGGCUUCAGAUUUAUAGCUGAGCAGGUUUCCCACCACCCUCCUAUAUCUGCGUGUCACGCGGAGUCAGCCCGCUGGAGUUUCUGGCAGGAGGCGCGAAUCCGCACCAAGUUCUGGGGCAAGUCCAUGGAGUUCCAGCCUGCAGGUCGCGUACACGUGCGUCUGCAUACCACCGGAGACCAUUACACGUGGAACAAGGUGACGACGUGUGUGCACAAUUUGUUCGGAGGACAGCGCUGGGUGGACCAGUACGGUGACAUGCACAUCGCAUGCACCGGCACUGACAUCACUUGCAAACUCAACUUCGUCAAGGCAAGUUCAUGGUCGAGCAGCCGUCACGAGGUUCGCGGUGCGGUGUCAUGGUCAGGAGGUCGGCUGCGUCUUGCAGGUCGCUGGUCUGAGACCCUCACUGCAGGAGACCCACCCAAGGCCAAGUGUCUCUGGAGACCAGGUGCGAUGCCGCCGGAGCACGAGGACUACUACGGGUUCACGAGGUUCGCGAUGGAGCUGAACGAGCUGGAGCCUGGCAUGAGAGAACUGCUGCCUCACACAGACACCAGGCUCAGACCGGACCAGCGCGCGCUGGAGGAAGGUGAUGUGGAGAGAGCUGAGCAGCUGAAGCACCAGCUGGAGCAGGCGCAGCGUGAACGCCGUCGCGAGGCUCCAGAACACACGCCCGCCUGGUUCCGUAAAGUGACGGAAGGGGGCGAGGAAGUUUGGGUGUUCACGGGAGAGUACUGGAAGGCGAGAGACGCUGGCUUCCCUUCACUGCGCGCACCCGCCAUCUGGUGACCGCUUCUCUCCAUACAUCGUAUACCACCUUGCGAGAUACUCUGCUAGCUUCUUAGCUUCGGCACACGAUUAUAGUCUUUACUGUUUCUUAACUAUUCCUUAUAUUGUAUAUUACAUUAGCUUGAAGAUAUAAGGACGAGAUUUCUGUAACAUUGAUACGCAGCUUCUUUUCAUAUUAGGCUUUUUAGGAGUUCCUUUGUGCAGAUUUAGUAACAGAAAGCGCAAACUACGUAAAUUCGUAAUAAAUCUACAUUAAGGGACUCCCUUAAUGGCCAUUUAAUGAAUCUGAGUGUGU